AUGGGGAUAUUGUUGCCAAGGAAAGAGAAGAAGUCUAGACUUUCAAAGAAGAAUGAAGCGAGUACUUCUGAAAAGCCUGUUACUGAAACCAAGUCAAAGAAGUCUACAAAGAAGUAUCCUAGUGAAGUUCAAGUGCUAGUGUCUAAGCAUAAAGGAAAGUCUCAGACUCCUAAUGUGGUACGAAAGCCUCAUGUUACUCAUCAGGGUGUCAUUAUUCGUGAAAUACCGGCUCCUAUUUCUCCAUCGUCUAAGAAACGAAGGGCUGAAGAUAUGGCUAAACAUAUUUCUCAAAAGAAGAAGCAGACACGAAAGCUUGUUAUGACAACAGAAUCCACAGAAAAUGAAGAUGAAUGA